AAAUGACUAUAGGCCUAAACAGAUAUUAAAUGCGUUCGCCUGAGACUAGAAUUUAACACGAUUAGAACGAAUUUAAAGCUGUUAAAGAAAAUCAAUGCUCAGUUCACUGAUAACGCUCCCUUUUCAUGUAUGCGUCAGCGUUGGAUCAACCCGGGAUUCCCUCAUCUGCAAGGAUGCCUCGCGUGACGUCAUCAGGCUGCUGUUUUGAUUGCUGCAUCGCCGCAGUCCUGCGCCACUACACUGCAUAGAGCUACUCCGUUCUUAUAUUAUUAUUAAUGUCCUGGACGAAUGCUAUCCUAACAAACGGGACAGAGUGAACAACGGACACACCCUUACAGUUCAAUUAGUUUGCUGCCUUGAAGCUUAGGAUGAAAUUUUUGUAUAAAGAAGACCACGCUUUUGAAUACCGAAAAAGGGAAGGUGAGAAGAUCCGAAAGAAAUAUCCGGACCGUGUUCCUGUAAUUGUUGAAAAGGCACCAAAAGCCAGAGUACCAAAUUUGGAUAAACGGAAGUAUUUAGUCCCCUCUGAGCUCACUGUGGGGCAGUUUUAUUUCCUAAUCCGAAAGCGCAUCCAGCUGCGCCCUGAAGAUGCUCUCUUCUUCUUCAUUAACAAUACAAUCCCCCCAACCAGUGCCACCAUGGGGCAGCUGUACCAGGAGAACCACGAGGAAGAUUGUUUUCUGUAUGUGGCCUAUAGUGAUGAGAGCGUGUAUGGACUGUAACACAAGGGGGAGGAAAGAUGGUAGGAGAGGGGAGUGAAGAGAGGGAAGCAAGGUGUUUAAAAAAAGGGUACUCAGUAAAACGUUUAAAAGAGUACCUGAAUGAAAUGCAUUGAGAUGAAUUCCAAAGCUUAUUAUAUAUAAGAAGUAUGAAGAUCAUACCAAAUUAGAAGUGAGUCGCAAGAACUGUAUUUGGAGAUAUUAGGUUCUAGUCAUCACGGAGUCACACAAAGUUAGGGCUUUCAUGCUGCAAUUGGUGACCUUUGAUUCUGCCAGACUGGAAUUCUCACAAGCUGCAGUCUCCACUUGCUGAAAACAAGCUAUUUCUUUUUUUUGCAAAGUAUUUAAUUAUUUAUAUUUAUAUUUGCAAUUUUAUUGUUUCAUUUAAAAUGAUUCAAAAUGUAUUUUUAUUGUAAUUAGAAUAAUCUGUGCUCUGCCAUUUUCAUAUGUUGCUAACACCACAACAAAGAUAUUUACAGAAUAAAAGAAUGGCAAAAGACAAACUUGUUCUUUGUGUUCAUGAGUCUAAAGGAUUUAGCAAACCAUUUUGUCUCUUCACCCUGGAAUAUUACUGUUUGUUCUGUCCAACUUGAGAUAGAUGCAGCCUGUUUGGCCUUAAGGUACAGGGUAUUUGUGUCACAAAGUGAUCUUCUGAUGUUACCAAAUCUGUAUGAAUAUUUGUUUCUGUAAAUUGUGUCAUAGUGUGAAUUUCAAACACUUUAGGACAGUGUUACUGUGAACAAUAGCAUCUUUUCUGUAACAUACAAUAAACAGCCUUCAGUUUUA